AAUGACCACUCCCUCUGACAAAAUUAAAAGCGAAACCCUGUGACUACCAGACCGAGUGAACCAGACUGCAGAAACAAAACUGUGCACUCAGGAUUAAACAGUGACAUGGAGCAACAAGAGACAAGGAUUAUUUUACUGGGAAAAACUGGAUCAGGAAAGAGCAGCCUGGGCAACACUAUAUUUGGAGAAAAAAUAUUCAAAGCCAAAAGUUCACCAAAGUCUGUGACCAGUGACAGUAAGUUUGAUAAAAAAGUGAUUGAAGGUAAAACCAUUCGUCUGAUCGACACUCCGGGUGUUUUUGACACAGACCAAAACAAAUCUGAUCUAAGUGAGAAGUUUUAUAAUUGUGUAAAAGACUGUGCCCCUGGACCCCACGCAUUUCUGCUGGUGCUCGAAGUUAAGAGAUACACUCAACAGGAGAAGGAUGCAGUCAAAGAAACACUGAAAUAUUUCUCAAAAGAAGCUCUGAAAUUCACCACUGUGGUCUUCACUCAUGGAGACCAGCUGGAGGACGAGAGGAUUGAGGAUUGGAUUAAGGACAGUGAAGCUCUGUGCGACCUGGUGCAGAAAUGUGGAGGUCGCUGUCAUGUGUUUGAUAAUAAAUACUGGAACAACAGUCAGGACCCAUACAGGAACAACCAGUAUCAGGUCACAGAGCUGCUCAAGACCAUCGAACAGACUGUGGAGAAGAACGGAGGAGGAUGCUACACCAAUGGCUUCUGGCAACAUAUUAAACACAUGAAAAUAAAAGGGGUCCCAAUAAAAUACCUGUUGUUAGCUUUACUUGGUGGAGCAGUGGCUGGAGGAGCUGCUGUUGUUGCUAAAUUGGUAUUUGAUGCCUCAUGGGCAGUUACAGCAGCAGCGGGCAUAGGGAGCGGUUGUGCAGCAGGUGCAGUGGGUGCAUAUGUUCUGGCACCAGAAGAAGUGGGUGCAGUGGUUUCUAGUGCAGGCAGUGAAAUGAAGAAGGUGACAGAAAAUGCAGUGAAUAAAGUCCUUAAUUUACAUAAAGUAUCAGGUAGUUCCUGCAUGCUCGAGGCAAACAAAUCAAAGACAAACUAACAAUCAUAUGAAAGGAAAUAGUCCACUCUUGUUUUUUAUAGUAACCACACUGACUUUAUGUGAUUCACUCAUUGUAAUCUGUAGUGCCAUCAUUAAACAGGUGUAGUUGGAGGGGAAGCUUGGACAAAUGGAAAACUUUACUCAUAACACUAUAUUAUGAUUAUUUGUGUAAAUGAAUACCAAAAUUGUGUAUAACAUGAUCAUAAUCUCCUGCCUCUGUACUAUUUAAUCAAACACACAUUAUGUAGAGUAAAAAUUUAAAAUAAAAUUUAAUUCAUUUUUAUUUUAUUUAAAUUUAUUUACAUUUUCAUUGACCCUGUAUGAAUAGAAACUACUCACACUAUUAGCCACAGUUACUUUGAGAUCAUUGCCAUAUAAAACACAAUUUUUCCAUUUUCAGCAAUGUUAUCAUGUGACACCCAGGCAGUAAUGAGAUUUCUAGACUUCACUUUAUUCAUAAUCAAUGAAUAUAAAUCAUGUUCAUCACUUUGGGACCAUAACAGUUCAGUUUCUACACCUAUAGUCAUGAACACAUGUUUAUAUAGUUGUUCAGAUGAAAUGUAUAUUAAUCCUUUUUAUAUUCUUACUCUUAUAUGCAGUUUUAAACUGUGGAUGUUUAUUGGGACACUUCUGAUCUAUGCUUUUUCAAUACUGAUGUUAUGGCGCAACAAUGGAGGGACCCAAAAAUGGACUUCAGACCGGUUAAAAAAAAUGGAAAAGGAGAAUUUAUUUUACAAAGGGCAAAAUGAGGGCAGAAGCAGGGCUUGGAGGAGGGCAGGAGGAGGGCAGAAGCAGGGCUUGGAGCAGGGCAGAAGCAGGGCUUGGAGUAGGGCAGAAGCAGGGAUCACUGAAGGGCAGAGAACGCAAGUAAGAAAAAUGUUUGGCAAAAGGCAAGCAGCAAAAACGUAGAAUCUAGGAGCCAAGAGGUUCACCGCGUGCAGGUAGGAACAAUCUGGCAGAGUCUCACAGGUGAGCAGGUGUCAAGUAGUGGCUCUUGAUUGCUUGCAGGUGCGAUGAAUCAGGACCAGGAGACUCCGCCCAAACACACACACACACACAGGGAGGGGAGCACCAGCCAUGACAACUGAGGUCUCAAUAGUACACCAAUGCUACGCUGUGGGACAUGCAACAACAAAUGACACAUUACACACAAUCAAAAUCAGUCUUCAUUUGGAUGUUAGAUCUAAACUUUAAAGGGCCUAUACUACACUCUUUUAUGAUCUAUGUGAUAAUGUUGUUUCCUAAUAAAAGUUAUAGCUGGACUUGUGUUUUGUUUCAUUCACACAUGUUGAACACACAAACCCUACAUAUUUUGGCUGAAUUCUUCUCUCACGCAGAGAACACUCACCUUCACCUUGUGAUGUCAUGUGGUAAUACAGGAAAUGCUCCACUGUGUUUUUAAGCUCCAUACACCUUCACUAGAUUCAUUUUGAUCAUUUCAGCUUUGGAAUUGAGUAUCUGUAUGAACUAAAGGGAAAAGCUGUUGACUUGGGUGUUGUUCUUUUUCUUUGUCUGUAUAAAGUGUUAAAAGCCAUACUAUUCUUUCUCUAAUCCUUUCUCUCACAGGAAGACUCUAGAUACUUUUGGGUUUGCGAUUUACAUGUCUGCUGUUUAUUUCACAUGCUAAGUGUUUGAUCAUCCUGACCUGUACUCAGAUGCUAAUGUAAAGGUGUUAAUUAAAGGUGUUACAUUGCUGAGCUAAGAAAGCCAAAUGGCCGGCCAGACUGACCUAAAUGCAAACUGUUCUUGGGGCAGUGCUUGGACCUCAGAGAGUAUUUAAGUGUUGUUACCCCAUUGCUCUGGGCUCACUGCUAUCAGAAACUUUGUCUGUCAGUAAUGGGACUGUUUGGUGCAAAUGUAAUAAACCAAUAUAGACAGUC